UCACUGAAAUCACUCGAAACUCACAAAAGUAACAAUAAAUAAAAAUUUAUUGAAAAUUAAAUAAUCAAAAUCAGCCAUCACUUUUGAAUUGUUGAUUAACAUAAUUAUUUAAAAAAACAAACUAAUGAAAUAGGGCUGGACAAAAAUGAUGGUACCCAUAACUUAAUAUUUUGUUGCACAACCUUUUGAGGCAAUCACUGCAAUUAAACGAUUUCUGUAUUUGUCAAUGAGCGUUCUGCAGCUGUCAACAGGUAUUUUGGCCCACUCCUCAUGAGCAAACAGCUCCAGUUGUCUCAGGUUUGAUGGGUGUCUUCUCCAAAUGGCAUGUUUCAGCUCCUUCCACAUAUGUUCAAUGGGAUUCAGAUCUGGGCUCAUAGAAGGCCACUUUAGAAUAGUCCAACGCUUUUCUCUCAGCCAUUCUUGGGUGUUUUUGGCUGUGUGUUUUGGAUCGUUGUCCUGUUGGAAGACCCAUGACCUGCGACUGAGACCAAGCUUUCUGACACUAGGCAGCACAUUUCUCUCCAGAAUGCCUUGAUAGUCUUCAGAUUUCAUCGUACCUUGCACACUUUCAAGACACCCUGUGCCAGAUGCAGCAAAGCAGCCCCAAAACAUUACUGAGCCUCCUCCAUGUUUCACCGUAGGGACAGUGUUCUUUUCUUCGUAUGCUUGGUUUUUGAGUCUAUGAACAUAGAGUUGAUGUGCCUUACCAAAAAGCUCCAGUUUGGUCUCAUCUGUCCAAAGGACAUUCUCCCAGAAGCUUUGUGGCUUGUCAACAUGCAUUUUUGCAAAUUCCAGUCUGGCUUUUUUAUGAGUUUUUUUCAGCAGUGGUGUCCUCCUUGGUCGUCUCCCAUGAAGUCCACUUUGGCUCAAACAACGACGAAUGGUGCGAUCUGACACUGAUGUACCUUGGCCUUGGAGUUCACCUUUAAUUUCUUUGGAGGUUGCUCUGGGCUCUUCGGAUACAAUUCGAACGAUCCGUCUCUUCAAUUUGUCAUCAAUUUUCCUCUUGCGGCCACGUCCAGGGAGGUUGGCUACUGUCCCGUGGGUCUUGAACUUCUGAAUAAUAUGAGCCACUGUUGUCACAGGAACUUCAAGCUGUUUAGAGAUGGUCUUAUAGCCUUUACCUUUAAGAUGUUUGUCUAUAAUUUUUUUUCGGAUGUCCUGGGACAAUUCUCUCCUUCGCUUUCUGUUGUCCAUGUUCAGUGUGGUACACACCUUUUCACCAAACAGCAGGGUGACGACUUGUCUCCCUUUAAAUAGGCAGACUGACUGAUUAUGAGUUUGGAAACACCUGUGAUGUCAAUUAAAUGACACACCUGAGUUAAUCAUGUCACUCUGGUCAAAUAGUUUUCAAUCUUUUAUAGAGGUACCAUCAUUUUUGUCCAGGCCUGUUUCAUUAGUUUGUUUUUUUUUAAAUAAUUAUGUUAAUCAACAAUUCAAAAGUAAUGGCUGUUUUUGAUUAUUUAAUUUUCAAUAAAUUUUUAUUUAUUGUUACUUUUGUGAGUUUCAAGUGAUUUCAGUGAGAAUUGUGGGUUUUUCCUUCUUUAACUGAGGGGUACCAACAAUUUUGUCCACGUGUGUAACUGAAAGUACAAGCAUUUACAGGUGUGAGGAACAACUUGUUCUUGCAAUCAGUCAAAGGUCAUACAGAGCAGAUCAUAAAGUGACAUGUGGCUUAUGUGUGAUUUUGUAUGUACUUUUAUUGUUAAUAUGGAAUUGCGCCAAAGGUGAGGGAGAGAUUGAGGAAGGAAAAAAAGGUCAACAACAGUAAGAGUAAGCAUCGUCAUGAACACUAUCACUAUUUUAGCAAAGAAAAUGUGGAAAAAAGAUGUGCAAUGGAGGGAAAUUUAUCUGUCAUAAAUGUCAGCAACAUGCUGAGAAGUUCUGUCUGCACAGACAAUGUUUUCUAAAUAGAAUCAGUUGGUUGUACCCUUUUCAUGGAAUUUGUGAACAACAUUAAAGAAGCAUUUACACAGUGUUCAGCCGUGUUGUAUGAGAUCUCUUCAUUCUAUCAUUCAAGCCCACUAAGUUUUAGUUUACAUUAGGAGUUUUCCUCUACAGGUAAACAGUCAUCAACACAUUCUUUUACACAGAGAGGAUAAUUAAACUGGUUUAUAGUUCUGGAAAAUGUUCCCAUUGAGUUUCAAAUCCACAUGAAUGACAAAAUAAAACUUCGAGAUAAAAUUGUCCAAAGCAUAAAUUGUGAACUUUAGAAAAACUGUCAAAAGUCACAUUAUACAUUAACCAACAUGUCCUGGCCAACCACUGGAGGAAUGUUUAGACUAUUGUGCUGCAUUUAUGACAGCUGACGCUGUAAUGAGAAACAGAUUCAAGAUAGAGGAGGAGCGAUGAUCAGAGCUGACAUUCAAAGGCAAAACCAACAGAGACAGGCAGAAAACCAGGUGAAAUUGACUGACAACUUUUCCUCCUUCAAGGUUAAAGAGAGACCAACUAGAAUAAACUUGUUUUGGGGAAAAGUUUAGAAACACAAGGAAAAAGAAGAGCAGUGCAUUUAACAGUGUGUAAAAGUUUAAGAGAUGUUGACCAAGGUGGUCUUAGCUUCAUGGUUGGUGCUGUGGAUCAGUUCUUGCGCCGUCAACUCGGCUGAGGAUCUGAAGACCAGAGCUUUUAGGCUGAUGUCUGAGACUCCGCUCAUUGAUGGCCAUAAUGACCUGCCUUGGCAGUUUCGCAAGCAGUUCAAUAAUGAGCUGACCAAAGUGGAUCUUUACAAACUGUCAACAACACACACCAACAUCCCAAAGAUCAAAGAAGGACGGCUCGGUGCACAGUUCUGGUCAGCCUAUGUGCCAUGUGACACUCAGUACAAAGAUGCUGUCAGACAAACGCUGGAGCAGAUAGAUGUGGUGCACAGGAUGUGUGAGAAAUACCCAGAAACCUUCAUGUUUGCCAGCAGCAGCAAAGAAAUCAUGGACGCCUUUGCAAUGAAUAAGACAGCCAGUCUGAUCGGGGUGGAGGGCGGUCACUCCAUCGACAGCAGUCUGGGAACCCUGCGCACCAUGUACCAUCUGGGGGUCCGAUACCUCACACUCACACACUCCUGCAACACACCCUGGGCUGAUAACUGGCUUGUUGACACUGGAUCUGAGCCAUCUGAGCACAAUGGUCUGUCUCCAUUUGGCAAGCAACUAAUUUUGGAAAUGAACCGUCUGGGGAUGCUGAUCGAUCUGGCUCAUGUGCCUGUAACAGUGAUGAACCAGGUUCUGGGCAUGUCCCAAGCUCCAGUCAUCUUCAGCCAUUCCUCUGCAUACAGCGUCUGUCCACACAAGAGAAACGUCCCAGAUGAGGUUCUCUUGAAAGUGAGAGAGAAAAAGGGAGUUGUGAUGGUGAACUUCUACAACGACUAUGUGACCUGCAGUAAGACUGCUAACCUCUCAGAUGUUGCAGAUCACUUUGACCAUAUAAAGAAAGUGGCCGGAGUAGAUAUCAUUGGUUUUGGAGGAGAUUAUGAUGGAGUUACCAGAGUACCUGAAGGUUUGGAGGAUGUGUCCAAGGUUCCUGACUUGGUGGCUGAACUACUGAGGAGAGGAUGGACUGAUGAAGAAGUCAAAAAAGCUCUCGGAGAUAACCUGCUCCGGGUUUUCACAGAAGUUGAGAGGGUUCGUGACAGUCUGAAAGGCUCAAAACCAGAUGAUGUUCCAAUUCCAUAUGCGGAUGUGCAGAACCCAUGCAGGACGAGCUAUGGUUACCCCGACAACGCUGGAGCUGUUCAUUCAGUCAGCGCACUGACCCUCCUGCUCACACUGGCUCUGCAGGUGUUGGUCCAUUAACCUGAAUGAAUAUGCUGCUGAUCAAUGCGACUGACUGUAUGUAUGUAUUUAUGACUGUAAGGAGUUUGAUCAUUAAUAAUAAUGCAGUCUGAAAACCAUUGUUUUAAAUGUCAGAUUUCCGAUAACUAUCUCCAUCCUGUGCUGUCAGAAAUGUAUAAUACCUGCAGUUUACAUUGUGUUAAGCAGCCUGUUUCGUCUGUAGAUUUAAUGAUUGAUUUAAUGAUCAGUGAUGAACAACAAUGUACUAGUUAACAUAAUGACAAAGACAGUAAAGCAAUAAUUCUCUUGUCAAAGCUGAGUUUAUUUAAACCUGAGUCAAAAUUUCAACUCAUGCCAGUUUUAUCCACUGUCAUUUAAAAGCUAUAGCGGGAAAAUAUUAGUGUGUGAUGGUCAGUAUUGUGAAACAAAAGUUGUUCUCAGUGCUUUACCUUGUUCAACAAAACAAAUAACAAUAGCAAAGUCACAUGAGAGCAAUCAAAAUGAACAAAUACAAUAUUCCUGAACCUCAGUAUAGACGUGUUCUCAGAGAGAAAAAAAACAUAUUUGUGAGAAAAGCACCAUCUAGUGUUCUGAGAAGGUAACCCUUCUGAGUGAGACAUCACAUUACUGUACCUGGGUCUCGCAUCAUCAGGGCCGACUAUCUCUGACAUGCUCAAAACUUUGUAUAAUCUAAACUAUGGAUAUUUAAAAUGCUAACUGUGAAAUUUUGGUUUGACAUAUCAAAUACAUUCUGAGAACGACCCAUUUUCAGCACAUUUUUUGCAUUUAAAAUUUGAGGCUGGGUUUUAACAUUGAUAUCUCAACAACUAUUACUGACCUGAAAUUUUCUGUGUAGUUUCUCACCGUGUCAAUAAUUCACAAUACUGGACCAGUAGAUCGAAUAGUCUUAAGUCAUAUAUUAGUUGGACAAUGGAAAAAAUAAAAGUGAAGCCUUCAUGAAAAGUC